UAGGGAGCGUUCAGUCCCUGGAGGAUCCUAAUGCAUGUGUAUCUCUGGUGGAAUCUUUCCGGCUCCUUGUGGUAUCUUCUCCUUCACCGGCAGGACCGGGAUGGAGCUAACGCAGUCUUGGGUUGAUAUAUAUGUGGUAACGAUGGUGAUGAGGGUAUGAGGUCACUGACACGUCACUGAGAGAAGCUCAUAAAUGCUGAGAAGUACACUUGACUGUCCAGUGAUCAGGAGCCUCAUGGCCACUAAAGGAAAGACCACGUCUUCUGUGCUCUACAUUGUCGUAUACCUCAUUCUGGUUCUGCUUGGGAACGUGGGGAACACCACAGUUAUCGCGGUGGUCGGGGACAGCCUUCUACGUGAAACGGGAGCCGUACGAAGCUCAGACGUGAUUCUGGUCAACAUGGCUUUCUCCAACCUGAUGGUGUCGCUGACCAGAAACUCUCUUCUGGUGAUCACCGACAUGGGAAUGGAGGUGUUCCUCAAUAGAAACUGUUGUCGCUUAAUGAUGGGAAUCUGGGUUUGGCUGCGCUCUGCAAACGUUUGGUCGACGUUCUUUCUCAGCGCAUUUCACUUCCAGACGCUGCGGCGGGUCGCUCCUCCCGUCACGAACGUCCACGGCCACCCCGGACCCCCCAGGUCCCUCGUCUUUGGGCUUUGCCUCAUCUGGAGCCUCAAUCUGAUCUACUCCAUCCCAGCCUUCAUCUUCUCCAAGAACGGAGACGAGAACUCCACUGAGUCUCUGAUGCUGGUCAGCAGCACCACUCGGCCGCUGCUCGGCUGCAUCUGGAGCUUCCCGACGGUCUACAGCGGCCUGGCCUUCGCCACCACCUCCAUGGUCAUCCACGAACUCUUCCCCAUCAUCCUGAUGAGUGCCACCAACCUGGGCUCGCUGCUGACGCUGUACGCUCACGGACAGACGAGAAGAGCCGCCAACAAGAGCCCGGACGCGCCGGUCAUCACCCGGAUCCCCGCCGAGAGACGGGCCGCUAAAGUGAUUCUGGCUCUGAACGUCCUCUUCAUCUCGUCCUGGGGCGCCAGCGUCAUCUCCAUCAACUACUUCAACUACAACCGCGGAUCCUCCAGCUCGUCCACGGAGUUCGUGCUGAUCGUCGCUCGCAUCGCCAACAUCACCUUCAUCGCGCUGUCGCCCGUCGUCCUCGCCGUGGGCCACAGGAAGCUCCGGGCGUUCAUGACGUCCAUCCUGUCGAGAAUCCUCUGACUGUGACCUCUUA